CUCAGCUGCCAAAGAACUGCUUCCUCCAAGCUGUAAACCAGUUUGACCAGGGACAUUUCUUGUCAACAUAUGAUUACUGCCUCGCAUUUCUCCGCUGGCUUCCUCAAAGAACUCAUCACUGUGAUGUUCUCUCUCUGAUUUGUUUCCAGUGGAUGAAGAUGGGCAACUCAAAGGAGGAAAUGUUCAACCAAUCAGAUUACGACUACAACGACACUUAUUAUGACAUUGAUUUUGACAACCAGUUUGAAGGACCUUGUUUAUACUGGAACACGCACAGCGUUGAGCUGAUGGUCAUACCUUACGCUCACAUCAUCAUCUGCAUCCUGGGCUUCAUAGGGAACAGCCUGGUGAUCGUCACCUAUGCCUUCUACAAGAGCACCAAGUCCAUGACAGACGUCUACCUGCUGAACGUGGCCAUCGCAGACCUGCUGUUCGUGGUUACGCUGCCUCUCAUCGUCUACAACCAGAUGUGGGCGUGGCCGAUGGGGCCGGUGGCCUGCAAGCUGCUGCGCGGCUCCUACAGCGUGAACCUGUACAGCGGCAUGCUGCUGCUGGCCUGCGUCAGCGCCGACCGCUACAUUGCCAUCGUCCAUGCUAGCCGCAACUUUAGACUGCGCUUGCUGCCGUACAGCCGUCUCAUCUGCGUCGUCGUCUGGGCCUCCGCCUUACUGCUGUCCGUCCCAACCUUCUACUUCUACAGCUGGUACCAGCCGUCCCACAUCAUGUACGCCUUCAUGGAAGAGGAGGACAGAAACCAGGCCUCCGGGCCUCCGCAGUACAUCUGCGAGCUCAGGUUUACGGACACGACCACAGCGUUAAACACCAAGAUGGCGGUCCCGAGCACCCAGCUGGCCUUGGGCUUCUUCCUGCCGCUGCUUGUCAUGAUCUGCUGCUACGCCGCCGUCAUCGGCACCUUGUGUAAAGCCAGAAACUUCCAGCGGCACAAGGCGAUGCGAGUGGUGCUGGCCGUGGUGGCGGUUUUCAUUGUCUGCCACCUGCCCUACAACGUCACGCUGCUCUACGACACCGCCAACAUGUUCAAGCUGCAGUCGUGCGAAGAGUCGGACAUCCUGCAGGCGACCAAGACCGUGACGCAGACCGUCGCCUACCUGCACUGCUGCCUGAACCCGGUGUUGUACGCCUUCGUCGGGGUGAACUUCAGGAACCACUUCAGGAGGCUCUUCCAGGACCUAUGGUGUCUGGGGAAGAAAUCUAGAAAGUUUCCUCCUACACCCAAAGAUCCAGAAAGUUUCCUCCUUGACCCAAAGAUCCUAGAAAUUUCCUUCUAGACCCAAAGAUCCAGAAAUUUCCCUCCUAGACCCAAAGAUCCAGAAGGUUACCUCCUACACCCAAAGAUCCAGAAAGUUUCCUUCUAGACCCAAAGAUCCAGAAAGUUCCCUCCUAGACCCAAAGAUCCAGAAGGUUACCUCCUAGACCCAAAGAUCCAGAAGGUUACCUCCUAGACCCAAAGAUCCAGAAAGUUUCCUCCUAGACCCAAAGAUCCAGAAAGUUCCCUCCUAGACCCAAAGAUCCAGAAGGUUACCUCCUAGACCCAAAGAUCCAGAAGGUUACCUCCUAGACCCAAAGAUCCAGAAGGUUACCUCCUAGACCCAAAGAUCCAGAAAGUUUCCUCCUAGACCCAAAGAUCCAGAAAGUUUCCUCCUAGACCCAAAGAUCCAGAAGGUUACCUCCUAGACCCAAAGAUCCAGAAAGUUUCCUCCUAGACCCAAAGAUCCAGAAGGUUACCUCCUAGACCCAAAGAUCCAGAAAGUUUCCUCCUAGACCCAAAGAUCCAGAAAGUUUCCUCCUAGACCCAAAGAUCCAGAAAGUUUCCUCCUAGACCCAAAGAUCCAGAAAGUUUCCUCCUAGACCCAAAGAUCCAGAAAGUUCCCUCCUAGACCCAAAGAUCCAGAAGGUUACCUCCUAGACCCAAAGAUCCAGAAAGUUUCCUCCUAGACCCAAAGAUCCAGAAAGUUUCCUCCUAGACCCAAAGAUCCAGAAAGUUCCCUCCUAGACCCAAAGA